AUGGAAGCCCUCGACUCUCGGAUUGCGCUCCAUCCUGAAUCUUCGGCUCAAUGUCACGUUUCAGAUAUUCGUAAAGGGCAGAUAGGGCUGGUAGAUACUUGCUGUACCGGAAAGAAUCGCACGAAAAUCAAGAAAUUGGAAGAUUCGCAUCACGAACAGAAGCGUAUCGACUGCAAAUCCUCUUCCUUCCAACUGGCGCUAUUCAACGCAUUUGCUUUGGUCAACGAGGUCCUAUCACAGAAUACGGAGCCCGCUGGCUACGGUACUCCGCCGCCGUCUUAUACCGAAGCGCACGAUGACCUACCACCUGAAUACACGCUUCUUCCAGCCUCGGCUGAAGCGAAGCCAGUCGAAAGCAGAUCCGCCCGUCCGUCAAACGAUCGCAACAAAUUCCCCACAGGAGAUAUCAAGACGAAGCCCGCGUCUUCAAUUGAUUUUGAAAGUACGCAUGGAUUUCGUCAGCACGGGAAAAAGCAAAAAGCAAAAUUGGCCGCCAAAAAGGCUGUGGGCGGUGCAUCUGGCGAUGGCGGCGACGGUGGAAAGAAAAACGACGAGACAAUAGAGCCUCCGGGGGGAAGUGGUGGUGGUGGAAGUGGAAGUGGAGGUGGUGAUGACGGCGGCGACAACGGGGAUAGAAACAGUGACGGCUGGGGCGAGGUCACAAGCGGCAAGAAGAAGAAGAAAUCGAAAAAGGAAGAGGAAGAGGAGGAAGAGAGAAGGAAAAAGGAAGAAGAGGGAGCCGCGGCUGCUGGUACAGCCACCAACAACCUCAGCUGGGCUGAUGAUGUGGACGGUAACAACGAUGAUGGUUGGGCCGGUUUUACUGCUGUGGGUAAGAAAGACAAGAAGAAGAAAAGUUCGCUUGACCCGACAUCCGGUGCAUUUGGAGAAUCCGCCCGAAACACGUUCCAGGAUAUCAAUCUCGAUGACAAUGCACCACAACUGGAUCUGAGCUUUGAACCUGCAAAAGGAACGUCUAAUGGUGGAGGGAUUAGUUUUGGAGGUUGGGGCAAAGACUGGAACACUGGCAGCAAAUGGGGAUUCGGCUCAAUCGGCAACGAUGCCUCUGCAGGAAAGGAUGCACCAGCUAAAAAUGAAAGUCCUUGGGGCUUAAAUGACUCGAAGAACAAAAAGGCGACAGGCUCCCUUGGCUUCGACUUUGGAGACUUGGGUACAUCCAACGCGGACGUCGGUACUUCAAAGGAUGCGAAAGAUGAAGGCGAUGGCUGGAGUUCUUUCACUCCCGUCGGCAAGAAUAGCAAGACCAAGAAGAACAGCAUCGCCGAGGAACCUCCUGCUACAGAUGAUUGGGGUCCGUGGGGUAGUAAGAAGACCGUGAAAAAGGAAGAACCGGCAUCUGAGGCAGCGACAGGACAGACUGAGGAUGGUUGGGCAGCCUGGACAACCAAAGACAAGAAGAAGGACGCAGUAAAGAAGACCGACACUGAUGAUAUUUGGGCUGCAUUCAAGAAAAAUGACAAAGCGGACAUCAUCGACUUGGAUUUCCCCAAAGAGACAGCGCCAGCAGCCGAUUCCGAACCGGUCAUUGAUAAUGUCUGGGCGGUACCGGGAAAGAAAGAUAAGAAGAAGGCAGGCAAAAAGGGAGCUGAAGCGGAACCAGCACAGUCAAAAGCCGAAGAUGCCUGGGCUGCUUUCGAAACCGAUACGAAGAAAGAACCUGAAGAGGAGUCCGGUUGGGGAUGGGGCAUCGCUAACAGGAAGAAGGACAAGUCCAAGGAUCUUAUAGAAGACCUAAGCUCUUCUUUGCAAGCUCCCAGCGCAGCUGCGCCACCCGAAAAAGACUGGCUCAGCUCCUGGGGAAUUGGCGGUAAAAAGAAGGAAGUUGCACCCGAGCCAGAACCUGUUCCUGAAGUUGAGAAGCCAAAAAAUCACGAGUUCUGGGAUGGUUGGGAUAGCUGGACUACUACUCAGCGCAAGAAGAAAGAAAAGGAAGCUGUGAAAAAGGGGAUACCGCCUCGGAUAGAAAUACCUGAUCCAAUACCUGAGCCGGUGGCCGAACCAGAACCAGAACCUGUUGAACCAGAGCCCACACCAGCUCCGUCUAAAAACCACGAGUUCUGGGACGGUUGGCAAAGCUGGAGCCCACUAAUGCGCAGGAAGAAGGAGAGAGAAGCGGUAAAAAAGAACAUCCCCCCACUCAUCGAAGAUAUUGCUCCCGAACCCGAACCCGAGCCUGAGCCUGAGCCUGAGCCUACCCUAGAGCCGCCCAAAAACCAUGAAUUCUGGGAUGGCUGGCAAGAUUGGACUCCCGCAGCGCGCAAAAAGAAAGAAAAGGAAGCACUCAGGAAGGGUAUUCCUCCCUUAAUAGAAGAUAUUGUCCCUGAACCAGUACUCGAACCUGAGCCUGAGCCUGAGCCCACUCCAGAGGCUCCCAAGAAUCACGAAUUUUGGGAUGGCUGGCAAGACUGGACUUCGGUAAAGCGCAAGAAGAAGGAAAAGGAAGCAGUCAAAUUGGGAAUUCCUCCACUGAUCGAAGAUAUUGCACCAGAGCCUGAACCAGUAGCUGAACCAGUGUCACUCGAAUCCGAACCCACACCAGAAGCACCAAAGAAUCAUGAGUUCUGGGAUGGCUGGCAAGAUUGGACUCCCGCAACGCGCAAAAAGAAAGAAAAGGAAGCAUCCAGGAAGGGUAUUCCUCCUCUAAUAGAAGACAUCGUCCCUGAGCCGGUACUCGAACCCGAACCCGAACCCGAACCCGAACCCGAGCCGGAGCCAGAGCCUGCGCCACCACCGCUGCUAAAGAACCACGAGUUCUGGGACGGCUGGCAAGACUGGACUCCUUCAAAGCGCAAGAAGAAGGAAAAGGACGCAGCGAAAUUGGGUAUUCCUCCGCUGAUUGAAGAUAUCGCCCCUGAGCCUGUACUCGAACCUGAACCCAUUCCUGAGCCAGAGCCGGAUCCAGAAGCUGCACCAGAACUGGAACCUGAACCUGAGCCUGAACAACCCAGGAACCAUGAAUUCUGGACUGGAUGGGAGACAUGGUCCUCUAAAGAUCUUAAGAAAAAGGAAAAGGAAGCCAAGACCAAGGGUAUUCCCCCAUUACGGAAAGAUCUCCCACCUGCACUUGAGGCCGAGCCUGAACCGGAGCCGGAGCUAGAAGCAGUUCCUGAACCUGAACCUGAACCCGAACAACCUAGGAACCAUGAAUUUUGGACUGGGUGGGAAAGUUGGUCGGCAAAAGAGCUUAAGAAGAAGGAAAAGGAAGCUAAGACAAAAGGCAUCCCCGCAUUACAAAAGGAUAUUCCGCCUGCGCUUGAACAUGAACAUGAACUUGAACCGGAGCCAGUGCCGCAGCCAGAACCUGCACCUGAGCCUGAGCCAGAGCCUGAACAACCCAGGAACCACGAAUUCUGGACUGGGUGGGAGAGUUGGACCGCUAAGGAGCUUAAGAAGAAAGAAAAGGAAGCCAAGACCAAGGGGAUUCCUGCAUUGCAGAAGGAUCUACCUCCUGCUCUUGAAGCCGAACCCGAACCCGAAACAAACCCAGAACCAGAAUUGAAGCCCGCUCCAGAACUGGAACCUGAGCCCGAGCCCGUAGCUGAACAACCUAAAAACCAUGAAUUUUGGACUGGUUGGGAAAGUUGGUCCGCUAAAGAGCUCAAGAAGAAGGAGAAAGAGGCUAAGACCAAGGGGAUUCCGGCGUUGCAGAAGGAUUUGCCUCGUGCUCUUGAUCCCGAACCAGAACCCGCACCAGAACCCGCACCAGAACCAGAAGUCAUACCUGAACCUGAGCCUGAGCUCGGGUUCGAGCAGCCCAGGAAUCAUGAGUUCUGGACGGGCUGGGAAGGGUGGUCCUCCAAAGAGCUCAAGAAGAAGGAAAAAGAGGCCAAGUUAAUGGGCAUCCCAGCAUUACAAAAGGAUCUACCACCUGCUCUUGAUCCUAUUUCUGAACCAGAGGUUAUUCCAGAACCAGAGCCGGAGCCAGAACCAGAACAACCAAGGAAUCAUGAAUUUUGGACUGGCUGGGAGGGUUGGAGCAGCAAGGAGCGUAAAAAGAAGGACAAAGAAGCAAAAUUGAUGGGUAUUCCUCCUUUGCAGGAGGAUCUACCACCUGCACUUGAUCCUGACGCAGUUCAGCCGGAACCGGAACUCGAACCUGAGCCAGAACCAGAACCAGAACAACCAAGGAAUCAUGAAUUUUGGACUGGCUGGGAGGGUUGGAGCAGCAAGGAGCGUAAAAAGAAGGACAAAGAAGCAAAAUUGAUGGGUAUUCCUCCUUUGCAGGAGGAUCUACCACCUGCACUUGAUCCUGACGCAGUUCAGCCGGAACCGGAACUCGAACCUGAGCCAGAACCAGAACCAGAACAACCAAGGAAUCAUGAAUUUUGGAAUGGAUGGGAGACUUGGAACAGCAAAGAGCGUAAGAAGAAAGAGAAAGAGGCAAAAAUGAAGGGUAUACCGCCAUUACAGGAAAAUCUCAACCCUGCCCUUGACCCCGAACCUGAACCUGAGCAAGAACCUGAUCCUGUACCUGAGCCGCCAAGAAAUCAUGAAUUCUGGGAUGGAUGGGAGGAUUGGAGUUCCAAAGAGAGGAAGAAAAAGGAGAAGGAGGCAAAUGCAAAAGGCAUCCCACCUCGACAAGAGAUCCCCGCUAUCGAAAUUCCUCCUGAAGCUCCUGAAGUCCCACAGUUUUCCACUGUCGAGCCAUCAGCUGUUGUAGAGGAGCAUAAAGACGAUUUUUGGUCAGUCUCGAACAGCUGGUCACUUAGCGAGCGCAAGCAGAAGCAGAAGGAAGCUAAGAAGAAAGGAAUUUCUAUGCCCGAUGAGGAUCUUGCUCCACCUCCUCCAGCACCAACACCUCCAGCUCAGGGCCUCACCCCAGAACCACACUUGGAUGAUCUCUUGGAUGACGAUGCAUGGGGAGGUUUCACCAAAUCUUCAAAGGCCAAGAAAGCAUCAACAGCGCUGGUAGAGGAAACUCCUGCGAAAGCAGUUAGAGGGUUUUGGGCAUCUUUUGGCACGUCGGCAACUCCCAAGACUAAAGCAAAGGAAGAAAAGCCUAGAGGGACUGAAGACUUGCUAAUUGACAUUGAUGGAGGUGCUGAAGCGCCAGCCGCUCUUCUAGUGGACGAUAUAGCCGCGCCAACCGCUUCCCCGCCCAAAGCCACGUCGAAGGCAACCAAACCUGUUGGAAGACUUUCAGUUGCUGAACGUAUCGAGGCUCUUGAGAGAUCAAAGCGGGAGAAAGCAAAGGAGAAGGCCAGAGAGAAGGAAGCGAAAACCGAUAUUGUCGACAACCUCCUUGUUGACGACCCACCUCCGCCUCCCGCGCCUGAGCCUUAUGAGGACCCAAUAGCCAAAAAGGGUUCUAGCAAACAGAAAUCGUCUAAGUCGUCAUCGAGCAAGAAAGCUGUUCCGAAAGACAUUCCUCCAGAGCCUGUAGAAGAGGAGAUCUCACAUGAGUCGAUACCCGGCAGCUUUCCUGAACCUGAUCCUGAGCCCGAACCUGAACCUGAACCUGAACCUGAACCUGAACCCGAGCCAGAGCCCGCGCCACCACCACCUGAACCUUCCAAAAAGAGUAAGAAGUCCUCUAGCACCAAGAAGUCAUCUACACCGGCAAAGACCUCGAAGCGUGAAUCAUUACUCAAGUCGAUGGAAGAGAAACCCGUGGUAGAGCCUGUGGUGGAACCUGUUGUGGAACCUGUGGUAGAGCCUCCUGCUGCACAGGAACCAGUCGCUGAAGAGUCUAUCUCAGAGACUGCGCCUCCUAAACCUCCGACUCCGCCGCCUGAACCCUCCACAAAAUCAUCGAAAAAGGAACGUACAAAGGUUGAACGCACAGCAGGUGCGUCCUCAUGGGGUUUCUGGGCAGCAGCGCCACCGCCUAAAAAGUCAUCAAAGAAAACAGAUGAGCCAGCUCCUGUGAAAGAAGAACGGUCAAAGGCUUCUCGUUCAAAGUCUGACUCAACGGCGCGUCACAGGAUACGAGAGUCAGACAACGAGGUCGAUAUGGAAAGAUCAUCAACAGAUAAAGAUAGAAGAUCUGACUCUAAACGCCAAAGUCGAUCUGGUAUGGGCUUCUCUAACUUCAUCAUGGGAGGACCACCGCCUUCGCGGAGCAAAUCGGUCAGGAAAUCUGGCGUUCAAUCACGUCCUAGUUCGCGGCCAAGUUCGCGCCGCCUAUCAGUCGAUGUGGGGAAUACUGGUCUUCCUUCUCCACCUCCUGAGGAUAGACCAGAGAUCUCAGACAAAGCAGCCAAGUUGAUGGGUAUUAAACCCUCGCCGUCUAAGAGAGAGGGUGGCGAAAGAAGAAAGAGACGUAGUGUUCGUGAUCCCUACGCACUUGACGUCGAUGAAGAUAUCGUCAUGGUGAAUGCGGAAGCGGAAGGCGAAGUCUCUGAGAAGGUCAAGUCGAGAAGAUCGAAGUCUAAGAGAAUGUCGGAGGCGAAACCGAUCGAAGAGGAUCCUGUCAUGGUCGAAGCGGAGCAAAGCCCUCCAAGUGCCGAAGUGGUCUCUGGUCCGGAUGACAUUGCUUUUGUGGAAGCCCCGCCUAAAGAACGGCGAUCUCGAAAAUCUACUCCUGCUCCUAUAGCAAAGAAGCCUGAAACUGGCGGUCUGAUGGGCCUAUUCGGUUCUUUGAGGAAGCCAUCCAAGCCAGAGCCUCAACGCAGGAAAUCACGAUCUCGACGCGAUGAGAUGACGGAGACUGAACGGGAAGAGAAACGAGUGAAACGUGAACGGCGACGGUCUGUCAAGCCAGACACUGACGCCGAAGGCUUCACUACCGGUGCUGGCCCUGUGAACGUUGACACAGAGGUAGAUGAUAUGGAAGCGAUGAGGAUCGAGCGUAGAGCGCGCCGGCGCGCAGCUGAGCAGAAAGCACGCGAACUGGAGACUCAGGAAGCAGAAGAACGGCGGGCUCGGCGAGAAAGGCAGCGUGAGCAACGCGAGAGAGAGCUCCGAGAGGAAAUGGAACGUGAGGCACAGCGACGGGAGGAGAAGCGAGCAAGGCGCGCAGCUCGCGAGGAGCGACGUGCUAGAGAGGUGCAGGAAGCAAGAGAAGCUGAGGCAAGAGAUGUUCAAAUGCGUCCAGAGCGACGAGAACGGAGGCGAACACGGGAAGCUGUGGAAAUGAGUGGAGGGUUAUCGAGACAUGCCUCCAAAGCUGACAGACGUCGCUCAGAGCGACGAUCAGAUGACGAGUACGCAAGACACCAUCGCUCUGGUGAUGAGCGGCCACGAGUCAGCCGCAGGAAAACUGCGCCAGACCAUGCUGAAGCCCCACGUGGAUAUGGCAUGCCUGGAAAAGAGAAGACAUCGUCUUGGAUCAAUUCACAGGUACUCGACCCUCCGGAAGCUCCCCCAAUUGUGCCUACGGUUCUGGAUAUGCCUCCUAGCAAUGAGAAUGGUCCUUCUCAUUCACUUUCAUCCGACGAGGAGGCGAGACGUAAAAUACGUCGACAAGCCCGCCGUCGUUCCAAAUACCCUGAUAUGGCUGACGAAGAGGUUGAAGAAAUGCGCUCUAGACGGCGCGAAUCCCGACGAGUUCGCGAAGGAGCGAAAAGUAGCUCUGGAGAUGGUGAUUUUGAACGAGAAAAUGGCAUGCGUCGACGCGAUAGCACCUAUGAACCACCGUCUCGUGCACCCAGCACGAAGAGGACAAGCUGGUUCAAGAAAUUGACUAGUCUCUGAACUGGCUCUCGUUAUCGAGAGCCGAGUUUUAUUAUGUUUGGUUUGUGAUGUCUCUUCUUUGUGCGGUAUGAUUUAAACGCAAGCGGAUAUCAUUUGUUUUAUGACUUGAAUGACUUAAUGUUUUUGUGUUUUGAGUUGGUUGAGUGCUGUCAUCUUUGAAUUAUUCUCACCAAUCCACGACGGCGUGUUUGUUCUAUAAAUAUCGACUGAGAAGCUUGAUGGCGCUGUAUGAAAUACCCAAUUAUUGUAUUCCUGAAUUUGUUUUACGGUGUUUCAUUUCCAUCCUAUUUUUGCCCGUUAUAUUUUUGCUUACAUGGCUUGAUGUGAUUUUAUGACUGGACACUUUUGGAUUAGACCCUAUGUGUUACUAAGGUAUCAACUGUACUCAAUCUCGUUACAUAGGACCAUAUUAUAGUUACAUACC